UUUGUGUAGCGACAUGUUGAAAAUGGCGGAGGGGAGAGAGCUACGCGACAUAAAGAGUCAAAUAUUAGUAAACCGUGCAUGACAAUUUCAAAGGCGCAAAUUGGAUUUCGUAAUAACUUAAUUUUUGAAGGAGAUACGGAGUAAUGUAUAGCUGAAAACAGCGACAUUAUUUUGAAACUGGCUUUGAAUUAGCUAACAUUGCUAAUCUCGCUAGCUUCAAUAGUGUGAUUUUUACUCGCAGGCUUGUUUGUCAACAUUAGCCAACAACCAUGUUCUCCCUGGCUUGUGUCAAACUACAGCGCCAGACCACAUUAUCCAUAGCGUGUGGAAGACAUUGAUUCAUGGAGCGGCAGAACAGAAAACCAAGGCACUCGAACUAGCUGGCACUGGCCGCCCAAUUUACGGGCUUUACUGUAAAAUAUUUACAUCCGAAUUAGCCAAUUUCUGCAUGGAAAUUGAGCGUCUAACUUUAAUCAACGACAGAUUGCAUUGGAAUUGAAUAAAUAUAGAAGAUAAACACCAACGUAUACGGAGAUUUAGGCAGGUCGAGCUCGCUACCUCCUCCCCCAGUGGGAUGGUGCUGCAUGACAGGGAGGCCUUGGCGCCUUAGCCCCCUCUCCUGGAUCCUGCCCGCCCCACCACCACCCCCCUCAGAGCAGAGGACCACCACCACAGCAGCCCCGCCCAUGAGUCACCCUCUGGAGCCCUAGAUCAAGUGUCCUGAAGCUCAGAAUGAGUGCUGUAGGGGAAAGUGCCCUGGAUCCUUCCACGCCAGAGUCCCGCAAGAGGAAGGGCUCACCAUGCGACACCUCAGAGCAGAGUUUGGAGAAGCGGCGGCGGGAGCUGGAGUGUCGUUACAUAGACGAGCUGGCGGAGCUCCUGUCUGCCAACAUGGGCGACAUCGCCAGCCUCAACGUCCAGCCAGACAAGUGUCACAUCCUCAAGAGCACCGUGGACCAGAUCCAGCAGAUCAAACGGCGCGAGCAGGAGAAAGCGGCUAUGAUGUCACCGGAAGAUGAGGUGCAGAAGAGUGACAUCUCGUCCAGUAGUCAGGGGAUGGUGGAGAAAGAGGCUCUGGGGCCGCUGCUGCUCGAGGCUCUGGACGGCUUCUUUUUUGUGGUGAACCGCGAGGGCCGGAUGGUGUUUGUGUCGGAGAAUGUGACGGGUUACCUAGGCUACACCCAGGAAGAGCUGAUUACCUCCAGCGUCUACAGCAUCCUCCAUGUGGGAGACCACGGCGAGUUUGUCCGCAACUUGCUGCCCAAGAGCCUCGUGAACGGGGUGCCAUGGCCCCAGGAGCAGAGUCGGAGGAACAGUAACACAUUUAACUGCCGGAUGCUAAAGAGGCCUCCUGAUGAGGUGGACUCAGAGAACCAGGAGGCACGACAGCAGUACGACAUCAUGCAGUGUUUUACUGUCUCCCAGCCCAAAGCCAUGCCAGAGGAGGGAGAUGACCUGCAGAGCUGCCUGAUCUGCAUAGCCUGCCCGAUGCCCCGCCCCCAGCAGCUACCCGCCAUCCGCACUGAGUCCUUUAUCACCAAACAGGACCCCACAGGGAAGAUCAUCUCCAUAGAGACCAGUGCUCUGCGGGCGACGGGGCGACCGGGCUGGGAGGACCUGGUCAGGAAGUGUAUCUACGCCUUCUUCCAGCCGCAGGGCAAAGAACCCUCCCACGCCAAGAAGCUGCUCCACGAGGUGAUGACUCAUGGCACGGCCAUCAGCCCUCUUUACCGGUUCAACCUGAGCGAUGGGACCCCCCUCAGCGCUCAGACCCGCUGCAAGUUCUGCUGCCCCCCUAACCAUGACGUUCAGCCCUUCAUCAUGGGCAUUCACACUAUCGACAGGGAACACAACACUGCUAGCUCUCAGGAAAACACUAACUCCAGCCUUCUACUGACCCAUAGGAGCCCUGCUCCCUCCCACUCCCCUGCCCUUCCCUCGGGCAGCGAGGCCAGCCAAGCCCCAGGCCCCACCUUGGGCCUCCAUCUCAACAAUGGCAAAAGCUCCAGCACCACCACCGCCCCCACCACACCCACCAGCCAUUCAGCAGGGUACCUGACGCCCAACCGGAUGUGUCCUCAGCAGGUCAACAGCCCCUCGCCCCUGGGAAGCCCCCUCACUGCCACCCCUACCUCAUUCAUGUCGCCCAGGCCCCCCAGGGCCAGUCCGGGGCUGGGCGGCAGCCCGCGUGUCCCAGGGAACCCCUUCUCCCCUUCCACCCCUGGCCUGCACUCUCCGGCACCGUCCCUGGGAGGUGGAGCUGGUGGCGGUGGAAGUGGAAUCCUCAGCCGGCACCACUCUGGUGGGGACGGUGGAGCAGGGACCCCCCUGGGUUUCUCUCUACCCUCCCCUUUACCUCAGAGGCAGGCCAGCACCCCCACCAGCUCCCCAGCGCGCCCUCCCCCCGCCAAGCCCCCCGAGGGAGGAGGAGGAGGUGGGGGCGGAGAGGACCUGGCUAAAGGAAAACUAGGGGGGAACCCCAAACUCAACCAGCCCCUGGACAACGGCGGAGUGGGGGUGCCUAGGGACACAUCUACCAAACCCACCUCCAUCCCUCAGUGCCCGGCCUCCCACAGCACGCUGACGGAGCGCCACAAGAUCCUCCACCGCCUCCUGCAGGACAGCAGCCCGGCUGAGGGCAGCAACGGCAAGGAGUCUGAGAUCAAGAAGGAGCCUCCUGCCAGCCCUGCCACCGCCAACCCCAACGGACCCCCCACCACCCCUCAGGACCACCAGCUGCUGCGCUUCCUCCUGGACACGGAUGAGAAGGACCUGGGCGACCUGCCCCCUCCGGCCGCUCUCAGCCUGCAGACGGUCCGGGUCAAGACUGAGAAGAGGGCCAGCGGGGACACUACGCCCUGCGCUGCAGCCUGCGCCAGCCCCAAGCCCAAACCGAGCCCUGCAGACAGCAGGCCGUCCAGAGACCCGUUCCCCAGUGGAUCUGCUGACCUGGACCCUCUAAGCCAGCUGCUGCCCACCCUCAGGGGCCCCGCAGGGGCCAAGCAGGGCAGCGAGGAGCAGGGUGGUCCCCAGACCCAAGCCCUGUCGUCCCAUAGCCAAACCCAACCUCAACCACGGCUCCAUUCACCUCCACAGCCUCAGACACAGCCUUGGCUCCAAUCACCUCUUCAAACCAAACCUCAGAACCAUCUCCAGCUUCAGUCCCCUUCCCAGCUUCAGUCCCCUUCCCAGCUUCAGUCCCCUUCCCAGCUUCCGUCACCUACCCAGCUUCCGUCACCUACCCAGCUUCCGUCACCUACCCAGCUUCCGUCACCUACCCAGCUUCAGUCCCCUACCCAGCUUCAGUCCCCUACCUUACUUCAGUCCCCUACCCAGCUUCAGCCCAGUGGGGCAAACAUUGUCAACUCCGUGACCGUGAAGAGGGAGCCUCCCGGAAGACCAAGCCGAGGGCUCACUGAUGGCUCCAGCCUGCAGAACCAGUCACACUUUGACUUCUGCAGCCCCAGCCAGAGACCGGGACAAGGGGAGCUCUUCCAGACACCCAAAGACAGCAGCAGCCCCUUUAAAGAGCAUGGACUAAUGAACUCAUUUAACUCCAACACCGCGUUGUCUAAGAUGGAGACAGACUCUCAGCAGUUCCAGACCCUGGCCCUGACUGAGACUCUGUCCUUUGAUGGAGGCAUGGGAAACCCUGUGCAAGCCUCUCUGGCCUCCCCUCAGGAGCAGUGUGUCCCGUGCCCGCUGGAUGAGCUGCUGUGCCCCCCCACCACCCCCGAGGGGCGUAAUGACGAGAAGGCCCUCCUGGACCAGCUGGUGUCCUUCCUGAGUGGCACAGACGAGAGCGAGCUGGCUGAGCUGGACAGAGCCCUGGGCAUCGACAAGCUGGUGAAGGGCGGCUGCUUCGACCCCGUCCCUCAACGGUUCCCCUCCCAGCCUCCUGCCACCCCCCCCAUCUCCAUGGACCCCAAGCUGCCCGGCUACCCCUCUCAGUUCAACCCCGGCCCCCCUGCCCAGUUCCCUCCAGAGAUAGCAGGGGUGCAGAGUAUGGGGGGCUUCGGUGCACCCAGGGGGGCCUUCCCUGGGGGCAUGAUGCUGAGGCCUGGCAUGGGCAGAGCGCCUGGCAUGACCAACCAGCUCCGGCUGCCUCCCAACCAGCUGAGGUUACAGCUGCAACAGAGGCUGCAGGGCCCACAGCAGCUGCAGAACAGGCUGGCUGCCAUGAGCCCGUUCCCAGGGGAAGCUCACAUUUCCAUGGGCAUGCGUCAGGGAGGGCAGCAGCCUCAGAUGCCCUCUCAGCCUCCUCUGAACGCCCAGAUGCUGGCCCAGAGGCAGCGGGAGCUCUAUAGCUUCCAGCACCGCCAGAGACAACUCCUGCAGCAGAAGGUCAUGUUGAUGAGGCAGGGCAUGGGGGGCGGUGGGCCUAUGGGGGCCACCAGGGGACAAACAGGACCCCAGCCACAGCAACAACAGUUUGGCUACCCUCCAGGCUACAGCCCCAUGCCAGGGAAUCCACCCAGCUCCCCCAGCCUAUUCAACCUCAUGGGAGGGACCCAGGACCCCAAGUUGUCGGGCCAGAGCCCUAUGGGCAGCCAAGCAACUACGAUGGGGGGGAUGCAGGGACAGUUUGGGGGGGCGGUGAACUCGGCGGUGCAGCCUGUGCUCUUCCAGCAGUUUGGAGGACCAGGUAUGGUCCAGCAAGGAGACCCCUCGUUCCCUACAGAGCUCAGCCCCACCAGUCCCCUGCUGUCCCCUCAGAACUCCACCUCCCAGAGUCCUCUGCUCCAGCAGGCCCAGCCUCCUGGGUACCAGUCACCUGACAUGAAGAGUUGGCAGCAAGCUGGCAUGGGCGGAAACAGCUUGUUCAGCCAGUCUGGUCAGACGACGCCCCAGGCCUUUGAGCAACAGGGGGUCUACAACAACAUGAGUAUCACUGUGUCAAUGGCAGGAGGCUCAGGGGGGAUGGGCUCGCUACCUUCCAUUGGACCACCUGUUGGCAUGGCCAACAGUAACCUUGGCGACAUCAACUCCAUGUGUAACGAUCAGGUACAGCAGGUUCAAGUGUUUGCCGACGUCCAGUGUACGGUGAACCUGGUGGGCAGCGACUCCUACCUGAACCAGUCGGGGUCCAUAGGCACCCAGAAGGGCCCCCAGGGGCCUCAGAGCAGCCAGUCCCAGCAGAAGAGCCUCCUCCAGCAGCUCCUCACAGAGUGACUUCUCAGCUCAGCUGCCUGCCAGGAGAGAGGUGCUCCACAGACCACCAACCUCUUCUCUUUCUCACCUUUGGUUUUAGACACCUGCCUGCCGGACUGGUUAGGAGGGCCCUGGGAUGGAGACUGAGGUCCAGGUAAGAGUGUGUCUGUCUACCUGCCUGCCUGCCAGCCAGCCUCAGCCCAUACCGUACCAUAAGGCAGCAGCGAUCGUUCAGCGCUCAUUCCUGGUUACCUACUUUCAACACAAAGUCUGCUUUCUGUUCUGAGAAAGGAAUCAGCUUCCGGUUUUGCCAAGUCGUCGUGGUUGUCAAAAGAGGAUCUGGUUCCUAAUUGCUCGUUCCGUCAGGCCAUCGCAGCAGUGCGUCUUGGGAGUGCGAUCAACAUGCAGCUGAGCUCAGCUGUGGGUGGUUAACCCGUCGUCUCAACUUUUGCUCUAGCGUGGGGUGGCGUUUUGGGGACAACGUUUUGGGAAUGUUAGGUUUUUAACCUCUGCAGUGGGAAGCUCAGUUUCAGCUGGAUCUGUGACUGACUAGCUCCCUCAAUUGCAGUGCCUGAUGGGAGGAAAUUCCCAGCUCUCGUUUUUUGUUUUUGUUUCUCUGUUCUCGUCGUCUGUGUCGUCAGGACAACAAGCAGCACGGCCGGGAUGGGAUGGGAGAUUGCGCUGCCCUGCUCAGUUGGCAACACCGUCUUUCACAUUUUCAAACCACCAGACUGUUAAAGUAACUGUCUGUCUUACACAUUUUUCUCCCCAGCAGCUGUGAAUAUGAGCCAUGUUGGGCUCUCCUUGGCCUAUCAGUAUUGUUUGUCAUGUGUAACCGUGCAGGUGGUAUUGUACAGCACAGAUGGACACAAAUUGGGAUGAGUUCACACUUUCUACUUUCCUUUCAAAGGCAUCAUUUAAUUACUCUAAAAUGCAACUGUCAUUUUUAGCUCAAACUAUACAUUGUGAUUCAAUGCGGUUUUCUUCAGUUUUUUUAUUUGAGAGUAACUUGUCAGUUAUUAUAAUUUUUUAAGGCGAUAUUUGACAUUAUGAAAAUGUAACUGCUAAAUGUGCUCUGUGUUCUGUAAUGUGAAAAAAGAAAAUCUCGGUAUAAGAAUUUGAUUGAUUUUAGAAAUGGCUAGCUCUGCUCUUUUGGCAUCCCUUUGAAUGUUUUAAUCCCCUUAAAUGAACCACAAAACAAACAAGAAUGGAUUAUCAAUAUUACACAACGACAUGAAUAGGUCGUAAUUCGUAACCUUAGAACUUCUUCACUAAGAAGUGAUGGACGUUGAAUGGGGUGUUUUCUUGGAAACACAGUGCUCUCUCUCCUCCAACUCUCUGCCCGUGAUGAUGUCAUUCCACUGGCCACACACUACAGCUCUUUUUGACUGCUCAUGUGACUACUGUUGCCCAGUCAGACACUGUCUAUCAGCACUAACCUCUGAUAUUUUACUAUACACAUUCAUUCACAUAAAGUCUGGCCAAAAAACACCAUGUUUUAUGUGGGUAAACAAUAACCUAUUAACAAGCAAUAAACCCGAAAAUGAAGAGAAAGCAACAACAGAAAGAGCAAAGUUCGGCGACGUAAUGAUAAUGAAAAAUCAAGUCUAAUUUGGCUUUUGGCUUCUCUGCUCUAUCCCGGGUAUGUGUAUUUCUCUGCUCUAUCCCGGGUAUGUGUAUUUCUCUGCUCUAUCCCGGGUAUGUGUAUUUCUCUGCUCUAUCCCGGGUAUGUGUAUUUCUCUGCUCUAUCCCGGGUAUGUGUAUUUCUCUGCUCUAUCCCGGGUAUGUGUAUUUCUCUGCUCUAUCCCGGGUAUGUGUAUUUCUCUGCUCUAUCCCGGGUAUGUGUAUUUCUCUGCUCUAUCCCGGGUAUGUGUAUUUCUCUGCUCUAUCCCGGGUAUGUGUAUUUCUCUGCUCUAUCCCGGGUAUGUGUAUUUCUCUGCUCUAUCCCGGGUAUGUGUAUUUCUCUGCUCUAUCCCGGGUAUGUGUAUUUCUCUGCUCUAUCCCGGGUAUGUGUAUUUCUGACUAACAGAAGGCUUUCUUAAGGGUGUUAUGGUCCAACUAGAUAUCUGACUGUGUAUAUACAAGGCAUUUUACAAAGUGUGCAACAUUACCCGAGCACAGCUAAUAACCGAGGAGGGUUAGGGAUGAUCAGUUGAAAUAGCAUGCAUGAUCACCAUCCUCCUCCAGAGGCCUCAAACUGAAUGCCAACUCCUUUAAUGUGCUAUGAUUUCUGAAUCACGUUGUGUACAGUUUCAAUGGCGUCUGUGUGCCUGUGCUUUAUACCCAAACAGUGGCUCAGGUGUCCUCAGCUUACAACUCAAAUUCAACCUGACAUGAACAUGAAAAGCUGGUAGCAGUUCCAAUUCAGAGACUCAUUUGUGAAACAGAUAAACCUUGAUUUGACAUACCACUUGUUCCUGUCAUUCUAAGACGCUUAAAAUAAUGCUUUGCUUUUAGCCUUUUGCAUUUAAUUCAAAACAAUAUAUAUAUAUACGAUUAAUAGAUGAGAUAUUUAAGUGUAUUUUUCUUCUGAUAAGGUAAAUGUUUUAUUUUCUAUUUGAAAGGGAUGUGGGUUAACAAUUAGUACUUAUCAAUGUUAAAGCCAUUCCUGAGCCACUGUUUGGUAUAUGUAAAUAAACAUACACUUUACAAAACACACGGAAGCAAGACAAAAUUAACAGAAUGUAUGUGGAAGGAUUACAUUUGUUUUCAGUAUACAUUUGUACUAUAUAGGGUACCAGCUAACGGUUUCAUACUCCCAGAAGUGUUACAAAGGAUAACUUUUCAUGGAUAUCUUCACAUACUCUCCAGCCUUCGCUCCUCAUUUAGGAACAGGCAUUACUGUAUAGAAAGUGUUAAUAGAACUAUGUCAAAUGCAGAAGUUCAUCUGAUCUGUUAAUAUUAACUGUUUAGCAUUUGGGAUAUAAUAUGCCAAAUACAAAGCACCAUUAGACAACGGUCAUUAACUAACAGACAUUCUUAUAUGCAAGAGCCGCUCAAUGGCAAAGACAGUCCAUUCAGUACAGGUACAAGGUAAAUAUUUGAACUGGUUCUUCAACAUGUUAACAUGUAUAUAACAGACAAUGUGAAUAUGUAUUUGUUCAGAAUCGACAAAAUGUAGUGCUCCAAGUUUGUGGUAUUAACUACUCGCUUCCAUUUUAUUAUUUUUUAAUAGUUUUUUUUUUUACGUAUAUGACUGUCUGAGUGUGUGUAUGUGAUUAAUACUGUAUAUCUGGUGUUUAAGAUGGAAACUGAAUAUGUCCUGAUUUGAUUUCUUCUUCUUUUUAGAUACCUGCAAGUUUUCCUGUGGGUGUUUUUCAGAUUGCUCUUUAUGUGAGAUAAUGGUUUAGCGACUGCUGAAUGUGAUUUUACUGAGAGAGAAGCAGUGUGGACUGGCUUUUGUACGGGUUCAUUUAAAAAAAAAAAGGGCCAUAUUAUUUAAUUUCUCUGUUGUCAAAAAGUUUAAACAGAUCUGAGAAAGUGGAACCUUGUAUUCUGAGAAGCAUCGCUUCGGUAGUUAAGUGGGCUUUUGUAGAUCGCCUGAUGUACUUUUAGCGUUUUCAAAAAGUAAUGACCAAAGCUUUAAGAUGUUUAAUUCAUAUCAUAUGCAAGCCUCAUGCAAUUGGACGAGACAAAAUGUAGCGUUUGUUCACUUUUCUAAAAGGAAAUAGUCUAUACAUACUAGCUCCUCCUUGACCACACUACUAAUUUGUGGUAGUUUGUCCUUUAUUUCCUUUUCCACACAAUUUGUCCUAAGAUAUUGACAAGUGACCUAUCAGAUUUAGUAUUUUUAUCUAACUUCUAUUCUUUGGAAUAUCCCAAAGUAUGAUCAGUUAGAAACUUCCACUCUUUGUUGCCGUUGACUCCUGGCAAAGACGCAAAAAGACUUGUAGGGCCUGACAUGCUGUCACUGUUUACAGGAAGAGAGAAACUUGCAACAGCUAGCUAUGCACCUUAACAAAAAGCUUUUUUCUAACACUGAUUUAGGUAUUCAAAGCGAACUAGAAUUUGAAUCAAUCAUUUAAAUCAAGGUAUUUUAGUUUAUUGAAAGAAGUGAAACCUAGUGAACCAAUUAUUAUUACUUUUUUUUUUACUCAACUAGCAUUGGUGAUAGUUGUCUGAAUUUAUGGGUCUGCUCUAUCAACUGAAUCUCACAGAUUAUAAGAUUAUUCAAUAAAACAUUUCUAUUUAUUUAGCUGAAUACUUUAUACCAAAUUUGAGGUGCCUCUUGUAUAUACAGUAUUUUCUGCAUAGAGGACUGCUCCUCGCUGUUUGAUGAUAAUGUUAAUGAGGAUUUUUUUAUCUUUACCUUUAUAAAACAAGUUUGCUGCAUUUUACAUUACUUUUGUACAGGAAAUCUAAAUAUUCCAGGAAUUUGCAAGAAAUACAAUCUACUUUUGCACUUUAUCUCAGAAUUAUUUAGAGGAAACAGGCCAUCAUAAAUACUACUCAUGUUCACAUCAGAUUACCAUUUCAUCAUCAUAAAUCCCCUAAAUCACAGGAGGUUGGUGGCACCUUCAAUGGGGAGGACGGGCUCGUGGUAAUGGCCAAAGCGGAAUAGGUGUAAUGGUAUCAAAUACAUCAAACACGUGGUUUUCAUAUGUUUGAAGUUGUUCCGUUUGCUCCGUUCCAGGGAUUAUUAUGAGUCGUCCUCCCCUCAGCAGUCUCCUGUGUCCUAAAUGUAAUAGAAAGUAAAAUAUAGAUUUCUCAGGUUCUUAAGAACUUGGUUGCAGAGCCCAUCAAUAUGAUUACAAAAGAGAAGUAUACAUUCUCUACUACUACUCUUAUGUAGUUUCACACAUGAUCGUUCUCUCUGCCACAGAUCCUCAAUCUAAACUAUGCCUUUCUUCUUCAGGUGAUCCCCUGCCCCUCUCCCCUCGGCCAUUAGAUAACUAACGCGCUUACACUCAUACGUUCUGUCCUGCAGCAGCUUUAACUGUUCAAAACAUUCCUCCUCAACUCUGCUCUUAGCUACCAGCAAUCAUUGUGCUCUGGUCUAUAUUGUAGCAUUUUACAUUUUAGUCAUUUAGCAUAUGCUCUUAUCCAGAGCGACUUAAUACAUUUUCCCGUACUGGUCCCGUGGGAAUCGAAGCAGGUUGCAAGCGCCAUGCUCUACCAACUGAGCCCCACGGGACCAGUGGCAGUUCUAUUCUAUAUAUUUCUAGACUUAGUAAUUUCCACCAAGCAGUAACAGCCCUACAUACGUGUACUGCUAUCCCCUGCGUCUGUCAUUUUGUCAUUGCCACCACCUUGUAACAUACUGCCUAAUGCAGAAACAACUAACAUCCUUGUUAAGAUUAAUACACUCUACCUUCUACAGGUAUUACUUCAACUGUUCUGAGUAUUGGAGCAACUGUUUGCUGAUGAUGUUUGUCAAGUAUUGUAAGUGCUGCAUAAUCGAGACUGAAGUUGGUUGUGGAUGGAGAAAUUAAAAGCUUGUCUCGCCACUUAUAAGGCCAAUGCUUUCUCAUUGAAACGAGGUUCCACUUUUCCCCCUGUAAAAUUAAUAUAAAUAAAUAUAAAUAUAUAUAUUAUACAUUUUACUCAUUUUGUCCAGUUUUGUUUAUUAUACUUGUGUUAACUUGUUUUUAGACAGGCAUCAGAGCAGCUGUGUGGGUGGGACAAUAUGAAUGAAGUAUCUGGGAGAAUUAUGCAUGUUUUUAUUUCUGUGUCCAGGUGGAAUACCUACCUUAGGACGUCGUAGACAAAUCAGUCUCAGGCUGGGUCAAGUAGUUACAGGGGGUCCCUGUAGACUGAAAAGCAACGUUUUUGCAUCUACUGAAACAGUCUUAUUUGUCUGUCAAUUUUUUGGGAGGUAUGUGGCUGCACAGACUGGGAUUAGUUCAAAGUUUACACACACAACACACACACCUCGUGCGUUCGGUCCCUCUAUUGCUUUUCCAAGGUGAAGAUGCAGACCUUGAAGGAAAUUAUGCUUUGACUAACAAAUCUAUAACAUCCAUGAAUGUGAGAAUGCAACACAUUUGCAAUAAAAACACAAUUUAAAACAGGA